UGCAGUGUUGUGGCCCGCCAUCAAACAGUUGCUUCAGGGAAACGCCCAAUCUUGGUCUUGUGCUCCUGGGUCGCUGGGGGCAUGCUCUCCACGGGCUGCUGCCCAGCUGUCACCAGCUCCAGUCCCCAUCACACGCUGACACAAGGUGUCUGUCUGGUUUCAGCUUUGGGUGUCCCUUCUCCAUCCCCAGCACUGUGUUUGGGAGAGGUACCAGGAUGUUGCUUGGCGUCCCUGAAGCCCUCGCUGACCCCUUCUUCCUGAGCUGGCUGUUCUCUGGGUGGGGCAUACCCCUUGCAGGGGUUGCUAUCCCUCCCCUUGUCACGUCUCAGGAAUGCCCUAGGAGGGCGCAGAUCGUUGAUUCUACCCUGGCAUCGUGGGCACGGUUGGACCUCAUGAAAUGCUUGUUCAGCAGUGGCUACAAGACCGCCUUUACACACCUAGCCAGCACCACUCUAGCACGCCCUCCCUUCAGCUCCCCAGAUGUCUCGUGUAGGUGGCAUGAGUGUGUUUCUCUCAACAGUGUUGUCCUCUCCUGUGAGCUCAAGCAUUAAUGAAUUACUCAGGCUUUUAAAAAUGAGUCGCAUCCCCACUCUGAAUAGACAAGACUCAAGUAUCUUAAAUCUCUCAUCUAUUUGGUGAAUAGAGCAAAGAAAGAUUCCGUUCUCAGGCUGAAUCCAUGAGAUUCAGUCUGCGGUCAGCCCUCGGUGUCUGUUGGUUCCACAUCCAGGGAUCCAACCAACCUCGGAUUGGAAAUAUGCGGAAAUGGUUUCAGGUGCGCAGGAGGAUAGAUGUGCAUAGGUUAUGUGCAGGUGUCCUACACUGCUUUAUAUAAGGGACUUGAGGGUCCUGGAACCAACCCCACGGAUAUUGAGGGACACCUGUACAGUGUGUUCACCACUGCCAAUUGUUUGUUGACUUCUGAGUUGGAUUUGCACCCUGCUCCCUUCAGAGUCUUGUACUAGAUGGCCUUGGGCUACUUCCAGACAGGUCCCUUCCCUGUGGCAGCCUCUUCCUUAGCACGGUGCUCUCUUCAUGCGUUCUCUAGGUGAUAUCUGUGCCUGCCAUCAGCCAGAACAUUGGGGAAGGAAGAAGCUGUCUGUCUGGAGAUGUUGGUUUUUCCAGCUUCUUGUCAGCCCUUGGGCUCACCCUGGAGCCGGGACCGUGGUGUGGUGGUGUAGGGGCAUGUGGCCAGGACCUAUGCGUCAGGCAGUCAGCCUGCCAGCCGCGGGCUGGGAGGUCCAGCUCUCCAUAGCCCCUAAACAUAGACUACAGAGUUGGCUUUCUGUAGCAAGUUCUCUCUUGGUGCUUUUAAAAUGUACUAAUUUGCCAGGACUGCGUUUACAAGGGGAUUUGUGGGAGCCUUGGUUUAAAUUACACUUGGACUGAAUUACAGAGUAAUUCAUCAGCAGCUAGGGUGCCUAGUGUGUGCGAGGCAUGAAGCUGUUUCUUGACCCACUGAAGUACCGUCCAGAAUGAAAGCCAUGACAGAGCCGGCCAGUCUGCCCUGUCUGUAUUGUCCCCUCUGUCUGCCAGUCUUGUGGUCCUAAGGCCUGCCCACUCUUCCUCAUAAGCCCUCGUCUGACUACCUCCGCCAGAAAGGUUUUGUUACCCCCCCUAGUUCCUAGUUUUAUUCCUGAAGGUGCUUGUCAGAUGCAGGCAGCCCCUGGCUUACACAGCCCCUCGUGCGGCUGGGUAGGAAACUGCCACAAACAGGCAGUGCGCAGAAAGGAUGCAGACAGCCUGUGUAUGUCUGAGUGGGUGUUUAUUAGAGCGUGGGCUCCAGCACCGUAAGGGGUGGGGCGAUGCGGUUCUGCCGUGUGUAGCCCUGACCUACGGUUACACGCCUUUGAGUUUGUCCCAUUGGAAUAAAUGGACAGUACACAAAGUCACCUGUGCACAGGUGCUUGUGGCAGGGUUUGUGGGGCUGGCGUAGCCCUCAGGGUCAUCCAGGUGUGAGGAGGGCACCAGAGGGGUGCUCAGACAGGCACUGGCAGUGGGGGCCUGUGUCGCCACAGAAGAUGCCCCUUCUUGUUAAUAAAAUGGUAGGUUGAGUAUAGAUUCAUUUUUAUGUUAUCAGCAGUAAACGUUUGGAUUUCUCUCAUCAGCAAACAUGCAUUUUUUAAGUUACCAAGAAAAUGUUCUCAGUGUGAGGCUUUGCCCUGAGCACUUGGCAGUAGGCUCUGUGGGCCAUCGAGGCUGAGCGGGCCUGGCCUUCCCGCUCCUCCCUGCCUGGCCCUCCAAAUGGAAUUACUGGCUAGUCUCCAUACUUCCUGAGCCACAGAUGCAAACAGGAAUUUCGGUGUAAACAUCAUAUCUGCAGGCCUGCGGAUCCUCCUCUCCCACACACGGGCAGCAUCCCUAAAAGGCUCUCCGGUGGAGAAAGGGAGAUGCAGGUUUGGGAGACGUGGCUUUAUCGUACCUUCUUCCGUGGGAACUCCAGAGCUCCCAGAGCCCCUGCCGGCGCCGUGUCGGCUCUCACCUCCACGCCCUGCUUCCCUCUGUUGGUGCGUCGUUUUUCUUCCCUGCCGGAUGGCCAGUCUCUGAGAGCAGCAGGCAGUGGGUCCCUUUAGGCAGCGCAUGGAGUGGCUCCACUGGCCAACCUGACAAGUUACCGACAGCAAAGCUCAGUCCUUGGAGGCCACAGUCAGAGGGACUUGUCAUUAUGGUACCUGUCUGCUCACUGGGCUCUGACGGGGACUCUUCUCUUCCUUGUAGAGUACCCAGUGAAGAAUGUGAUGGGAUCACUAGCAUGUCUGCGGAGAGCGGCCCUGGGACGAGAUUGAGAAAUCUGCCAGUAAUGGGGGAUGGACUAGAAACUUCCCAAAUGUCUACAACGCAGGCCCAGGCCCAACCCCAGCCAGCCAACACAGCCAGCACCAACCCUCCGCCCCCGGAAACCUCCAACCCCAACAAGCCCAAGAGGCAGACCAACCAACUGCAAUAUCUGCUCAGAGUGGUGCUCAAGACACUAUGGAAACACCAGUUUGCGUGGCCUUUCCAGCAGCCUGUGGACGCCGUCAAGCUAAACCUCCCUGAUUACUAUAAAAUCAUUAAAACACCUAUGGAUAUGGGAACAAUAAAGAAGCGCUUGGAAAACAACUAUUACUGGAAUGCUCAGGAAUGUAUCCAGGACUUCAACACUAUGUUUACAAAUUGUUACAUCUAUAACAAGCCUGGAGAUGACAUAGUCUUAAUGGCAGAAGCUCUGGAGAAGCUCUUCUUGCAAAAAAUCAACGAACUACCCACAGAAGAAACCGAGAUCAUGAUAGUCCAGGCAAAAGGAAGAGGACGUGGGAGGAAAGAAGCAGGGACGGCAAAACCUGGAGUCUCCGCGGUACCAAACACAACGCAAGCAUCAACGCCUCCACAGACCCAGACUCCUCAGCAGAAUCCUCCACCUGUGCAGGCCACACCUCACCCCUUCCCUGCUGUCACCCCAGACCUCAUUGUCCAGACCCCUGUCAUGACAGUGGUGCCUCCCCAGCCACUGCAGACACCCCCACCGGUGCCCCCCCAGCCGCCACCCCCGCCCACUCCGGCCCCCCAGCCCGUGCAGAGCCACCCGCCCAUCAUCGCGGCCACCCCGCAGCCCGUGAAGACAAAGAAGGGGGUGAAGAGGAAAGCAGACACCACCACCCCCACCGCCAUGGACCCCAUUCACGAGCCGCCCUCACUGCCCCCGGAGCCCAAGGCCACCAAAGUGGGCCCCCGGCGGGAGAGCAGCCGGCCUGUGAAACCCCCAAAGAAGGACGUGCCCGACUCGCAGCAGCACCCCGCGCCGGAGAAGAGCAGCAAGGUCUCGGAGCAGCUCAAGUGCUGCAGCGGCAUCCUCAAGGAGAUGUUUGCCAAGAAGCACGCCGCCUACGCCUGGCCCUUCUACAAGCCCGUGGACGUGGAGGCGCUGGGCCUGCACGACUACUGUGACAUCAUCAAGCACCCCAUGGACAUGAGCACAAUCAAGUCUAAACUGGAGGCCCGUGAGUACCGCGAUGCUCAGGAAUUUGGUGCUGAUGUCCGAUUGAUGUUCUCCAACUGCUAUAAGUACAACCCUCCCGACCAUGAGGUGGUGGCCAUGGCCCGCAAGCUCCAGGAUGUGUUCGAAAUGCGCUUUGCCAAGAUGCCCGACGAGCCUGAGGAGCCAGUGGUGGCUGUGUCCUCCCCGGCGGUGCCCCCUCCCACCAAGGUUGUGGCCCCACCCUCCUCCAGCGACAGCAGCAGCGACAGCUCCUCGGACAGCGACAGUUCCACAGACGACUCCGAGGAGGAGCGAGCCCAGCGGCUGGCAGAGCUCCAGGAGCAGCUCAAGGCCGUGCACGAGCAGCUCGCAGCCCUCUCGCAGCCCCAGCAGAACAAACCAAAGAAAAAGGAGAAAGACAAGAAGGAAAAGAAAAAAGAAAAGCACAAAAAGAAAGAGGAAGUGGAAGAGAAUAAGAAAAGCAAAGCCAAGGAACUUCCCCCAAAAAAGACAAAGAAAAAUAACAACAGCAACAGCAAUGCGAGCAAGAAGGAGCCGGCGCCCACGAAGAACAAGCCGCCUCCCGCGUACGAGUCGGAGGAGGAGGACAAGUGCAAGCCCAUGUCGUACGAGGAGAAGCGGCAGCUCAGCCUGGACAUCAACAAGCUCCCCGGCGAGAAGCUGGGCCGCGUGGUGCACAUCAUCCAGUCUCGGGAGCCCUCACUCAAGAACUCCAACCCCGACGAGAUCGAGAUUGAUUUUGAGACCCUGAAGCCGUCCACGCUGCGGGAGCUGGAGCGCUAUGUCACCUCCUGUUUGCGGAAGAAAAGGAAACCCCAAGCUGAGAAGGUCGAGGUGAUUGCUGGCUCCUCUAAGAUGAAGGGCUUCUCGUCCUCAGAGUCGGAGAGCUCCAGUGAGUCCAGCUCCUCUGACAGCGAAGACUCCGAAACAGAGAUGGCUCCGAAGUCAAAAAAGAAGGGGCACCCCGGGAGGGAGCAGAAGAAGCACCACCACCACCACCAUCAGCAGAUGCAGCAGGCGCCGGCCCCUGUGCCCCAGCCGCCGCCCCCGCCGCCCCAGCAGCCCCCGCCCCCUCCACCCCCACCACCACAGCAGCAGCAGCCGCAGCCGCAGCCGCAGCAGCCACCACAGGCGCCCCCUCCGCCCCCGCCCUCCCUGCCGCAGCAGGCGGCGCCUGCGAUGAAGUCCUCGCCCCCACCCUUCAUCGCCGCCCAGGUGCCCGUCCUGGAGCCCCAGCUCCCGGGCAGCGUCUUCGACCCCAUCGGCCACUUCACCCAGCCCAUCCUGCACCUGCCGCAGCCCGAGCUGGCCCCUCACCUGCCCCAGCCGCCCGAGCACAGCACUCCACCCCAUCUCAACCAGCACGCGGUCGUCUCUCCUCCAGCUUUGCACAACGCGCUGCCCCAGCAGCCUUCACGGCCCAGCAACCGAGCAGCCGCCCUGCCCCCCAAGCCCGCCCGGCCCCCAGCCGUGUCGCCCGCCCUGGCCCAGCCCCCCAUGCUCCCACAGCCCCCCAUGGCCCAGCCCCCACAGGUGCUGCUGGAGGACGAAGAGCCGCCUGCCACACCCCUCACCUCCAUGCAGAUGCAGCUGUACCUGCAGCAGCUGCAGAAGGUGCAGCCCCCCACGCCGCUACUCCCUUCUGUGAAGGUGCAGUCGCAGCCCCCGCCCCCGCUGCCGCCCCAGCCCCACCCCUCUGUGCAGCAGCUACAGCAGCAGCCCCCGCCCCCGCCCCCACCCCAGCCCCCGCCCCAGCAGCAGCACCAGCCCCCGCCGCGGCCUGUGCACUUGCAGCCCAUGCCGUUCUCCGCGCACAUCCAGCAGCCCCCGCCGCCCCCGGGCCAGCAGCCCCCACACCCGCCCCCCGGCCAGCAGCCGCCCCCGCCGCAGCCCGCCAAGCCUCAGCAAGUCAUUCAGCAUCACCCGUCACCCCGGCACCACAAGUCAGACCCCUACUCCACAGGUCAUCUCCGAGAAGCCCCCUCCCCGCUUAUGAUGCCCUCCCCCCAGAUGCCGCAAUUCCAGAACCUGACCCGCCAGUCUCCGCCCCAGCAAAGCGUGCAGCCUAAGAAGCAGGAGCUGCGUGCGGCCUCCGUGGUCCAGCCCCAGCCCCUGGUGGUGGUGAAGGAGGAGAAGAUCCACUCACCCAUCAUCCGCAGCGAGCCCUUCAGCCCCUCGCUGCGGCCGGAGCCCCCCAAGCACUCGGAGAGCAUCAAGGCCCCCGUCCACCUGCCCCAGCGGCCAGAGAUGAAGCCCGUGGACGUCGGGAGGCCUGUGAUCCGGCCCCCUGAGCAGAACGCCGCCCCGCCGGGGGCCCCCGACAAGGAUAAACAGAAACAGGAGCCGAAAACUCCAGUUGCACCCAAAAAGGACCUGAAAAUCAAGAACAUGGGCUCCUGGGCCAGCCUGGUGCAGAAGCAUCCAACCACCCCGUCCUCCACAGCCAAGUCGUCGAGCGACAGCUUCGAGCAGUUCCGCCGCGCCGCUCGCGAGAAGGAGGAGCGCGAGAAGGCCCUGAAGGCCCAGGCGGAGCACGCGGAGAAGGAGAAGGAGCGGCUGCGGCAGGAGCGCAUGAGGAGCCGGGAGGACGAGGACGCACUGGAGCAGGCCCGGCGGGCCCAUGAGGAGGCGCGCCGGCGCCAGGAGCAGCAGCAGCAGCAGCGGCAGGAGCAGCAGCAGCAGCAACAGCAGCAGCAGCAGCAGGCCGCAGCCGUGGCCGCCGCCGCCGCCCCCCAGGCCCAGACCUCCCAGCCCCAGUCCAUGCUGGACCAGCAGAGGGAGCUGGCCCGGAAGCGGGAGCAGGAGCGAAGGCGCCGGGAAGCGAUGGCAGCUACCAUUGACAUGAAUUUCCAGAGUGAUCUAUUGUCAAUAUUUGAAGAAAAUCUUUUCUGAGAGCACCUAGGUGGCUUCUGACUUUGAUUUUCUGGCAAAACGUUGACCUUUCCAUAGUGUUAGGGGCGGCGGUGGAGGCAGUAGCAGCGGCCAGGGGGUGUCUCUGGGCCCGGCCCUCCUGCAUGCGAUGCCCGGGGCAGGCCUGACGGGCAACUGAGGAUCGCAGAGCCUGUCUGCCUUACGGCCAGCCAGACAGACGUCCUGCCACCCGCCACCCCUCGCAGGACGUCAGCUCAGAGCACGCCUCGUUACGAGCAAGUGCCGGCCGGACCCAAGCCCUGUAUCCCCACGUGGGGGGCAGAGGCCCUUCUCUCCGCCAAAUGUCUACACAGUAUACACAGGACAUCGUUGCUGCCGCCACCGUGACUGGUUUCUGUCCCCGAGAACAUGACGUUCGUGACGUCCCGCCCACCGGGAGUUCUUCCCCACACCCAGCCGUUGCCGCCCACUCCCAGGAGGCCAGGGCAGGCCCACGUGGGCUGGAGGCGGGCGAGGCCGGCCCACCCCUGCUGGCACUGACUUUGCCUUGAACAGAUCCCACCCCUCCCCUCCCCCACAAGCCUUUAAUCGAGAGCCGCUCUCUGUAAGUGUUCGCUUGUGCAAAAGGGAAUAGUGCCGUGGAGGUGUGUGUCCAUGGCAGUCUGGGGCGAGGUGACUGUCCUGCGUGUGUGGGCAGGCCUCGCCCGGGGAGUGGAGGCCACCAACCAAAGUCAGUUCCUUCCCACCUGUGUUUCUGGUUUUUUUUUUUUUCUAUAUAUAUAUUUUUUGUUGGAUUCUAUUUUAUUUUUAAUUCUCUCUUCUUCUCCAGACACAAUGGCACUGCUUAUCUCCGAAAUGGUGUGAUCGUCUCAUUGAGCGGCGCUGCCACCGCGCUGUGGGUAGUGUGUGACCGUGGCUGUCCUGUAUAGUGAACAUAGUUGGCAUAUCUUUGUUUGAAGUUUGUUGGUGACUCCACCAAACUGGUGUAAAAAAAAAAAAACUCAAAAAUCCACAAAAAAGAACAAAACACAAAAUGCAAAAAAAAAAAAAAAAAACCUGCCUAUAUUUUACUCAGUUUCAGACUUUAUUAGUCUAUUUUUAAUUAUUAAACCAGAAAGCUGCGAUUUCUUUUAUUUCUCUUCCUCCCCUACCCCCUCAUUUGUUGGCUUCUUUGUUUUUUUAAUGUCAGAUCUGUUUGAGUUGUUUUUUUACCAAUAAAGGAAGGGCCAGGGGACAAGGUGGGCACCAGGCGCUGGGGGGCGCAGACUGAGGCAGAGGCUUCCCAGCCCUGUGCCCAGCCCCAACCAGCCGGCUGCUCCUUCCCACGCUUUUUUUUAAUUUUAUAAUUGGAGCCCUUGGUGAGGUUACGCGUGCCAUGAGAACCCACUCUACACCACAACGCUGGUGCCUCCGUGUUGGCCAAACUCUGGAGUCGCUGACUGGUUUGACUUUCAUACGGUGAAUAUGCAUUUGGUCUGUACUGAUCAUGGAAUAAACACAUCUCUCUUUUUUAAUGCUGGCGUCUCCCUGACAUUUCUUUGUGAACCACCUGUUGCCUAGGCUAGGCCCAGGGCUCCCCCCCUGGACCCCAGACCACCUCUCGGUAAUAAUUACCACCAGGAGCGACCUAGCCCCUCUCUCCCGUGGCCUGCCCCUGCUUUCCCUGGGCAGGAGCAGCUCAGGCUAGCAGCAGCCACCCCAAGCAGAAGCUGUGACACAGAGCCCAGGCACCCAUUCUGUGGGCCCCUGGCCUAGGUGGGUGACAUGCUCUGGCAGAACCCUGGCCAUACUCCAGACAGUAUUCUUCCCCUUCACCCUCCUCCGUCCUGGUCCUCCCCUCACCAAAGGACUUGGGCCACUUCUCCUACCUUGCUUGCCUCUACCUAACUCCUUUCAUUUAAGCUCAGGGUUAACCAGAUAUUCUUAGAUAAGUGUACACCCCCCCCCCAAUAGGAUCCUCGUCCCCCAUGCACAUACAUACACACGCACACAUUCCUGCCCGAGAAAGCCCACGGAUGGCCGCCUGGCCAGCCCUGCCUGUGUAUGCACAUGCCCUAGCCACAAGGCACGGGUGGCGCCCAAGAACAGCCCCCUAGGAUGUAAGAUACAAGUAUAUAAUUUAUAUGUAUGCAGAGACAAACCGAAACGUUUCUAGCACUGUUUAUUAACCUACAUGUCCCCUUUUCAGCCUGUAAGGCCCUUUAUCGUCUUGUGUUUAGAUCUGCCAAACCUCCCAGCGAGGGUGUAGCUGGGGCAUCCAGCCAGGGGCCCCUGACUUCCUUGACAUCCCUACCCACCCAGGCACUUCCUCAUAGACCACUGUGCCAGUGCAAGUGUGACAUAUUUUGGUUCUUUGGGGUUUCUUCCAUCUCAUCCCACCCCCUGUUUUUUGUUCCUUGUUUUGUUCAGUAACUUCCCCAGGCUGGCCCAACUGUUGAGCUGGAGAGAUGGUUUUGUAUGCACCUUCCUGCUGAAGAUUUAACUCUGCCACGGCCACCUUCACAUCUAACUGGGUUGUCCUUAGAACUGGGAUCUAUUUAAUUUCUCCAGCCAUUUCCCAAUCCUUCCCACAGUACUAGAAAUCUUAGUCCCAUACAAGAGUAAGAGGUGUGUACAAGCCCCCAAUGUACUGUAUGCACGGAUCGCUUGGCCAAUAAUUAUGUCAGUGAAUCUGAGACUUGUAUUAAACACUUUAGACAUUUGUAGAAGGGAAUUCGUAGACUUUUCACUUAUAUACUAAAGGUUCUUUUUUUUUUGUGCAGUUCUCAUUGCAAAAAUAAACAUUUGUACUGAAUAUAAAGUUA